CUUUGGGAUUGACUGUAUAGCCAAUACAUCCUUAAUAUGAAAACCAAACAAAGUAUGUACGGUGUGCGGUCGAUGGAAUUUUUUAUUGGAUUCUUUCUUCGCGGAUUGAUUUAUCGCUCGUUGGUCAAGGUACCAACCGAAGUUACUUCAGAUACCGUUAGAGAUAACAUCGAUACAUUAUCGUGCGGUGAAUAAUUGCUAUUUAAUUACAGGCGUGGAAUUUUUGCAAUAAUUCCCGAAUCAUGAAUUUCAAGUACGAUUUGUAUUUCGAAUAAAAGACUUGGAAUUAUCGUGUUGAUUCGCCGUCAGUAAACUAGAUGUCUGAUGCAGGUAUAAUCAGUCGACUGGACUAUUUGCAAGAUCUUGGGAUCGACGCGAUUUUGCUGGCUCCCAUUUAUGCCUCACCGCUGAUAGAUUCCGGUUACGAUAUUUCCAAUUAUACGAGCAUCAAUCCUCUGCUGGGUAAUUUGCAGGAUUUCGACGAACUUAUAGAAGAAGCACACAAGAGACAGCUGAAGGUAAUUUUGGACGUGGUACCAAAUCAUACGAGUGAGAAACAUGAAUGGUUUCAAUUGUCAAGUAGAAAUAUCAAACCCUACGGCGACUAUUACGUUUGGUCAAGAAAGUCCACAUGGAAACCACCCAACAACUGGGUAAGCACACAUAGCGACGUGGAAGGAUCUGCAUGGACAUGGCACAGCACAAAACGUCAGUGGUAUUACCAUAAAUUUCACAAAUCCCAGCCUGACCUCAAUUUGCGAAAUGAGAAUGUGAUACAAGAAUUACUGGAUGUGUUUAAAUUUUGGCUAAAGAGAGAUGUCGACGGCUUUAGAAUUGGCGGAGUAUCUUAUCUGUAUGAAGAUGAGGAUUUAAGAGACGAGCCUGCUGGGGCAAAUGGGAGCUACACAUCUGGAUUGCCAGAGAGCACAGCUCUUGUGUACAAGUUUCGUUCGUACAUUGAUGAUUGGGUGGCAGCAAACAAUGCUACAUCAAAACUGUUGAUCGCCGAGUCUCGUGACUCUGAUGAAAAAUUGAUAUCACUGUAUGGCAAUGGAACGCAUAAGGGAAUCGCACCUUUCAAUUUCCGCUUUAUUACAUCUAUUCGAAACACGAGUACUGCUGAACAAAUUAAAAAUGUUCUGGAAGGCUGGAUUAAGAAGCUUCCAAACAAUACAAGCACGAAUUGGGUGCUCUCCAAUCAUGACAAUUCAAGAGCAGCCUCGAGAAUCGGAUUAAAUCGCGUCGAUGGCCUUCAUAUGCUUAGUCUAUUAUUGCCUGGCCAGGCGUACACUUACUAUGGGGAAGAAAUCGCGAUGCUGGAUAGAAAAAUGUCGUGGAGCGAAACGAUAGACCCUAUGGGUUGCUCGAGGACGAAGGAAACUUAUGCAAAUUAUUCUAGAGAUCCUGAAAGGACGCCCAUGCAAUGGAAUUCUAAUAUCUCAGCAGGAUUUUCAACGAAUAAAAUUACGUAUCUUCCUGUUCAUCCGGAAUACGCAAAAAGAAAUAUCGAAGUGCAGCGAAAUCAGACACGCAGCAAUUUGAAUAUCUACAAAUCGCUCACUGCCCUUAGGAAAGAUCAAAUAUUUACUCAUGGCGAUUACAAGUUCGCGGGCUUAAAUAAUGAUCGCGUGUUCGUUAUGAGAAGAUCCCUGGCAAACAAUCCUAUAUAUUAUAUCGUCGCUGUUAACUUGGAGCUGCGACAGGAAACUCUUAACUUGACGUCCCUGUAUCGAAACGUGGAGGAUUCUGCAGAAAUUGUCGUCGCGUCCAGUAACGCAGUGAACAUUACGUCUGAGAGACACUACAUGCUCUCAGCAAACGCUGGAUUAGUAUUAAAAGUCGUAGACAAGUGCGAUACCACAACUGCAAAUCCGCCAUCGACCACACCUGGGAAAGGUUCCGCUGGUGUUCCCACGCCAACAGUGCAACUAGUACUAACUAGCAUUACUGUGAUAUCGCUGUAUAAACUAUCAACAUUUUUAUGAACGCUAUCUCGCAGAAGGACGAUUGUAAAUCGCGUAUUUAGAUAAAAAUAAUUAUACAUAGUGUGACAAAGUA